AUGACAGGGAAAAGCCUGCACGGUGUUAAGAACGGUUUUGAUUUAUUCGACAAUAACCUCAACCUUGCGGAUGAUCCGGCAGUAGAAACUGAAAAUUAUGUGUCAUGUGUAAAAUAUCGAGACUUGGUCGAAAAGCAAAUUAACACAGAGAUUUUCCAUGGAAAUUAUGUUAUUUCAAGUGAAAAAACCCACAUUGUUAGCGCAUUGGGUGCUAUACCAAAAUCAAAUUCAAAAGUUCGUUUGAUUCAUGACGCAAGUAGACCUUUGGGUCGAUCCCCGGAUGACUAUAUAACUAGUGACUGUUCAUGUUCUUAUAUGGAUCUAUGUGAAGUUAAUAAACACAUAACCAAAGGUUGUUAUAUGGCUAAAGUAGAUCUCUCCUCCGCUUAUAGGUCUGUACCUAUACAUCCUUCGAAUUAUCAAGCCACUGGUUUACAAUGGACUUUUUCAGGCGAUUCCUGCCCGACCUACCUGUAUGACUCUCGACUCCCUUUCGGGGUCUCUAAGUGUCCGCAAAUAUUCCAACGAUUAAGCAGUGCGAUAUGCAGGAUCAUGAAAUGUAAAUACGGCAUAACAGUUAUCGCGUAUUUAGAUGACUUUCUCAUUUUCGACAAGACUCUCUCCAAGUGCUCAUGGGCCCUUCAAAAACUAGUGUUACGCAAAUUGGGCUUCGCAAUAAAUUACUCAAAAGUAGCAGGUCCUAGCACCAGGAUUUGUUUUCUCGGCAUCGUGAUCGAUAGUAUACAUAUGACCUUUGAACUACCGUCUGACAAGCUAGCAGAGUUCUCUGCCCUUUUGUUGUCAUAUCAGACUAGACGACGAGCGAGUAAAGCCCAACUUGAAACGUUAUGUGGUAAGCUAAAUUGGGCUGCGCAAGUGAUUUGUGGUGGUCACACUUUUUUACGACGCGUCAUCAACAUGAACGAUUCCAUUAAACACCGUCACCACAAAAUACUGCUAUCCUCAGAGUUCCGUCAGGAUAUUAUUUGGUGGGCUACUUUUCUCCAACACUUCAAUGGUACAUGCAAAAUAUUGGACUCGAAGCCUGUAACUUCCCGACAAACGGACGCAUGUGAUAGGGGUGCAGGGGGCUAUUUUUGCGGAGACUACUACUAUACUAACUGGAGUUUGGAUUUACCACCUCUCCAGUUUGAACACAUCAAUGUGAAAGAACUAGUUGCUAUUUAUCUUGCCAUUUGUCGCUGGUGUUUUCAUCUGAGGACAAAAAAGUGCUAAUUUACACGGACAAUAGGACAGCGGCAGCAUGGGUAAAUAAGGGGUCGUGUCGAAACGGUACGGGCAUGUUUAUACUGAGAAUAAUCUUUUGGCUAUGUGCUUUUUACAACUUUUCUCUUAAAUGUGUGUACUUUCCCGGUGUUCAUAAUGUGAUUGCAGAUGCUUGUUCUAGACUACA